GUGGGAUAUUCGUCACCUUCUCAACCUGGCAUUUUGGGUGAUUUAGGGCUAACAUUGGCACAGUACUCGCUGUUUGGGUCAAUAUCAACAAUUGGAGCUAUGCUUGGAGCAGUAGUGAGUGGGAAGGUUGCAGAUUUCCUAGGAAGGAGAGGAGCUAUGGCGUUUGCCGAAUUAUUCAACAUUAUUGGGUGGAUAGCAAUAGCCUUUGCUAAGAAUGUUUGGUGGCUUGAUAUCGGGAGGCUGUCAACUGGGUUCGGGAUCGGAAUUAUUUCCUACGUGGUACCGGUAUAUAUUGCAGAAAUCACGCCUAAGAAUCUCCGAGGAGCAUUCACAGCAGCCAAUCAGUUGAUGAUAUGUUGUGGGGCUUCCGUAAUGUAUCUUGUUGGUAACAUCAUCUCUUGGCGCCUCUUGGCUUUAAUAGGAGUUAUUCCUUGUCUGAUACAGCUUCUGGGCCUUUUCGUCAUUCCAGAAUCUCCUAGAUGGUUGGCUAAGAUUGGUAAGUGGGAAGGGACUGAGGCGUCUCUAGUAUGCCUUAGGGGGAAGGAUGCAGACAUAUUUGAAGAAGCAAGAGAAAUUAGAGAUUACACAAGAAAUUUAGAACAGCUAAAGGACUCGAGAAUGAUAGACCUGUUCCAAAAAAAAUAUGCCCACGCACUUGUAGUUGGAGUAGGGUUGAUGGUGUUACAACAAUUUGGAGGAGUUAAUGCAAUUGCAUAUUAUGCAAGUGCCAUAUUUUCAUCAGCAGGUUUUUCAUAUAAAGUUGGAACAACAUCAAUGGUAAUUGUUCAGGUUCCGAUGACUCUGUUGGGAACACUGCUGAUGGAUAAAUCUGGAAGACGUCUGCUGCUAUUGGUUUCAGUUUCUGGAACUUGCUUGGGCUGCUCUCUGAUUGGAUUGUCAUUCUUAAUACAGGACCCUAAGCUUUGGAAUUUUAGUCCUUUCCUAGCAUUUGGUGGCGUCCUGAUAUUUACAGGAUCAUUCUCCUUAGGCCUCGGAGGCAUCCCUUGGGUAAUAAUGUCGGAGAUAUUUCCUAUAAACGUGAAAGGUUUAGCUGGAAGUCUUGUGACCGUGAUCAACUGGUUCGGUUCUUGGAUUAUUACUUAUUCCUUUAACUUUCUAGCGCAGUGGAGUUCUGCAGGCACCUUUUUCGUCUUUGCAAUUGUAAGUGGUUUUACCAUCGUCUUUAUUACAAGGCUGGUCCCCGAGACCAAGGGACGAACACUGGAGGAAAUACAAGCAUCCAUGGUUUUGUUUGUAGGGGCAUAG